GCGAUCCAGUUGGUCAAGUCCCUCUCCCGCCCCGUAAAACCCUAACAACCCUUUCCCUUCUCUGCUCUGCGGUUGAAGUGGGCGGCGGCUGUCUGCGGUCGAAGGGCGCCAGCGUCCGCCAAGCGCCGCAUUCACCAUGGCUGAUACUGAGUUUAGACGUCAGCUGUGCGGGGAUGUCUCUUCCUCAGUUGUAAUGGUGGAGAAACCUACUGGUCCAAGUUCACAGUUCUGUGUGGGCUGUGUGAUUCACAAGACUACAAUUGACACCUAUAUUCUUACGCGAACAGAAUUCAUACCCAGAAAAUGCAAGCUUGUUGUACACUUCUCUGAUGGUACAAAGCAAGAGGCCAAACGGUUGGUUGGGGACAAGCAGUUCACAGUCAUACAUUCGAGUAAUGCACAUGCGUCCAGCACUGCUAUAUGGUUUCGUCAUGAGCCGAUUGAUUAUUCAGAAUUGCUGUGCAUUGUACCAAAGCCCCCAGCAUCAUUUCAGAGGUUCUGGGACCGCAUUGCAAGGCCUUCCUGUGCAUCAACUAGAGAUGAUGGAACUCUUGUUCCCGAUCGAUAUUUUCUCUAUAUAUGCCAUCAUGAUAACACAAAACUAAUGACAACAGCUCCUAUUUUUCACAAAGAUGGAGGGGUUUGUGGCUUUGUUCUAGAUGACUGUAUGACCACAGAUAAAACAGGUGAGAAAGUGGACGCACAUGUAAAGUUUUGUGUGAAAGCCACCACCGUGGAGAACAAAUUGAGGACUAUGCUGAAGAACGAUGAUUGGAAGCGUGCCCUAGAGGACAAGGCAAAAUGAGUGGUGACUACAGGGAAGACACGCUGCUGAUAUACCCAAGUGCUAUUACUUUUGGGCUCUCUGAAGAAAUUUUGACUCUGGCUCUUAUCCUACAGUUAGAUAUGUACCUGAGUGCCAAGCAAUCCGGUUUGACCCGUCUUUGUGCUGUUGGACUUAUAGCCCAGCCGUUGAAAUUUUGUGUGGUAGACUGGUGCAGAUCAACGCUGAUUUUGAUUAGUAAAUUAACUAUUCCCAGCUCACAUGAUGUGUCAUAAUGUGGUCAGUGACGGCUUUCUUUGGUUGACUAGGCUUCCUUUUUAGUUGGAGAUUCAUUCAGACUAAUCUGGUCGGUUUGAAAUUGCCGUAGCACCAUUAGUUUCGGGUUUGUUGUCAGAAGUUCAUUUGUCUGUUGUCGCGACAGCAAUACUGUUGACAUUGGGAUUUGUUGUCAGAAGUUCACUCGUCCAUUGUCGUGGCAGCAAUACUGUUGACAUUCAGUAACAGAUAAACAAGCAUUUAUUCCUUC